AGGGACCUGCAUUAUGAAGUCAUCUGCGAUUCUAGUUCCCAGCAAAGGACGUAGCCCAGGCAUCCUCUGCACCCCCUCCACAUAGACCAGAGGAUAUCUAUGAUGAAACAAGAAGCCAAACCCUCCACCCAUCUCCCAGUGCACCUGCCUCCCUGUGCCUGCAGGGCCCGCUCCUCAUGGACCCCCUUAGUGACCAGCUGAACACCAACAACCUGUGGAGCCUGCUCGUGACACUACUCACUAAAGACCCAGAAUGGCUGGACCACAAAGUGAAGUCCUUCCUCCCCAGCAUGGACCUGGGCUUCGGGAACAGGGACCUGGACCCCACAAAGAGGGUUACUCAACAACUCAACAAGCUGUUAGGCCAAGGCGAGGACACCUGGCAGGGCUUCAUCCACUGUGUAUGCAUGGAGCUGACUGUGCCGCUGCAUUUGGAGGCAAUGCUGCUCAGCACUUGGGGCAACACUGACGGACUCUCCAGCCAGCUGACAGGUGAUAAAGAAAGCCAAAGUGAAUCUCAGCUCCACCAAGGUCUCAAGAGGCCCCACCAGAACUAUGGAAACUCACCUCGCCGGAAGCAGAGCAGGAAACAGCAGCAAGGACUGGCCAAGAGGUACCUGCAGCAGCUGAGGACAUACACUGAGCAGUGCUAUGGUGGCAGGUCCCCAGGGUCAGGGCUGUUCCCUGCCUCCCAACAGGCCUAUGUCCCCCCAAUCCUGCAGUGGAGCCGAACUACCACACCCUCCCACACUCAGGAGGGGGUCGCUGUGGGGGCCUUGAAAGCAGAAGAUGGCACCAACAUCAGCAUCCUAGACCUCUUCAGCACCAAGACCAACAAGGAUCCAAAGGUGACGGUGCUUCUGGGGGAGGCAGGUAUGGGCAAGACCACACUGGCCCACUGUCUCUGCCAGCAGUGGGCUGACGGCCAGCUGAAAUGCUUCCAGGCUCUGUUCUUUUUUGAAUUCCGACAGCUCAGCCUGAUCCCGAACUCCAUGACACUGCUCCAACUCCUUUUUGAUCUAUCCCUAAGCCCUGAGGAUGACCCCCAGGCUAUCUUCCAGUAUCUGGAGAUGAAUGCCCACGGAGUCCUGCUCAUCUUUGAUGGAUUGGACGAGGCCCUCUACCCCUGUUCCAGCAUAGAGGUCACAGAUCCUAAAGACGCAGGCUCACCCCUUGACCUGUUCUCUGGCCUCUGCCGUGGGACCCUCCUGCCUGGAUGCUGGGUCCUGGCUACCUCCCGCCCAGGGAAGCUGCCCACCUGCCUGCCCACAGAGGCAGCCAUGGCCCACCUGUGGGGCUUCGAUCAACCGCGAGUGGAGGCCUAUGUGAGACACUUUUUCAGUGACCAGACAUAUCAGGAGGCGGCCCUAGUAGAGGUUCGAGGCAGUGGAAGUCUCCUGAACAUGUGUGCGGUGCCUGCCCUCUGCCAGGUCACCUGCCUCUGCCUCCAGCACCUGCUCCCAGACAGCUCCCCGGGCCAGGCUGCAGCCCUCCUGCCCACCGUGACUCAGAGCUUCAUGCAGAUGGUGCUCACCCUCAGCCCCCGUAGGGACCGUGGGGACUGUACCACCGACUUCCUGCUGAGCCUCAGUGAGGUGGCCCUGUGGGGCUUAGAGAACAGCAAAGUGAUCUUCUCUGCGGGGGACAUCCACCCAUCCACAAUGGCCUUUGGGGCCACCCACAGCCUGCUGGCUUCCUUCCGUGUCUGCACAGGCCCUGGGCACCUGGAGACAGGCUAUGCCUUCACCCACCUCAGUCUGCAGGAGUUUUUCGCUGCCCUGUACCUGAUGGUCAGCCCCAAGGUGGACACGGACAAACUAGCCUGCCACGUCACUCUCAAUUCCCGCUGGCUGCUGAGGACCAAUGCUAAAUCCGACCUCUCUGGCCACCUCACUACAUUCCUGGCGGGCCUGGCAUCCUCUGCCUGCCACCCUUUCCUCCUCUUCCUGGCACAGCAGGACAAAGCAUGGGUGGACGCCAGGCAGGCUGUGGUGAUACAGACUCUGAAAAAGCUAGCCACCCACAAGCUCACGGGACCAAAAGUGAUAGAGCUGUGCCACUGUGUUAGUGAGACCCAGGACCCCAAACUGGCCAGUUUUAUUGCUCAAAACCUCCCUUCCCUACUGCACUUCCGCAACUUCCUGCUAACCUCCACCGACUUGGCUGCCCUAACCAACAUCCUGGGACACAGGGAUGCCCCCAUCCACCUGGAUUUUGAGGGCUGCACACUGGGCCCCUACGUCCCUGAGACCCUGGCAGGCUGUGAGCAGGUGGAGAGUCUCAGCUUUAAAAGCAGGAAAUGUGGGGAUGCCUUUGCAGAAGCCCUCGCUAGGACCUUGCCAACAAUGAAGAACCUGAAGCAGCUUGGGCUAACAGGAAGUCAGAUCACUGCUCAAGGAAUCCACCAGCUGGUUCAGGCUUUGUGUCUCUGUCCGCAGCUAGAGGAGCUCCACUUCCAGGACAACCAGCUCAAGGACCAGGAAAUACUGCACAUCGUGGAGGUCCUUCCCGACCUGCCACAGCUCCGGAAGCUUGACCUAAGCCGCAACAGCAUCAUGGUGUCGACCCUACUCCGCUUGACAGAGGUGGCAGUCACAUCCCCUAUGGUCACGAUACUGCAGGUCGGGAAGACAGAUCUCUUCUUUGAUCUCUCCCCAUCCACAAAGACAGUGACGGAUCCACAAGGGGGUGCAGACCUACAAGGAAAUGCCAACCAGAAGGGGGAAGCUCUGAGCAGAAGACUGACACUCAGACUCCAGGAGUGUGAGCUCAGGGUCCACAGUGCAGACAUACUCAUAGCCCAGCUCCGGAGAUGUCCCCACCUGAUCGAAGUGGACCUCUCAGGGAACCAACUGGAAGAUGAAGGCUGUUGCCUGAUGGCAGAGGCUGCAUCCCAGCUGCAUAUCAUCAAGAAGCUCAACCUCAGUGACAAUGGGCUGUCUGUGUCGGGGCUGCACUGUGUGCUGAGCUUGCUGAACACAUGCCGGACCUUGGUGCAGCUGGACAUCAGCCUACUGCAAAAAACUGCGAUCUUCAUGUUUUCUCCAGAGUUGGAAGAGCAGGAGGGGACCCAGAAGUGCUAUAUGCCCCAGAGGCCCUUGGAGUUGUCUCCACGCUGGAUCAGACUGACACGCUGUGGCUUGCAAGCCAAGCACCUCGAGCAACUCUGCAAGGCGCUGAGAGGAAGCAGUCACCUCAGUGACCUUAGUGGCCUCGACUUCUCAGACAAUGCCCUGAGGGAUGAAGGUGUGACCCAGCUGGCUCAGCUGCUGCCUGGACUGGGUCCUCUGCACUCCUUGAACCUCAGCCAGAACAACCUGUCCCUGGAUGCCCUGUUCAUUUUGGCCCAGUGCUUCUCUGUUCUACAGUGGGUACUCCUCCUGGACAUCAGCUUCGAGAGCCAGCAAGUCAUCCUGAGAAGUGACAGAGGUGGCAGAGAUCCACAGCCUGCUGAGUUUGGGCCUGAUUUCCAAGCUGGAGCCAAGUUCCUGGGAUCUGGUCUGCACUGCAUCCCCAAGAGCUUUUGCCUCAGGGAGUGUCAUCUGGAGCCCCAGAGCCUCCAGCGACUCUGUGAGACUCUGGAGCAGUGUGCAGUGCCUCUGGAAGUCAUGUUAUCGUGUGAACAUCUGAAUGAGAAGACCCUGAACACCCUGCUGUACCACUUACCCCGGAUCCCCAGUCUGAACUUGCUGCAGCUGAGCCUGGCGAGAAAACUGCCCCUGAGAAGCCCCUUCCUGCUGGCUGACCUCUUCAGCGUGUGUUCAAAGAUCCAGAAGGUGGAACUCAGGUCCCUGUGUCACAUGAGCCUACACUUGAAGACCAGCGAGGAGCAGGAGGGCAGAUACUGUGGGUUUAUAGGCUGCGACCUUGGGCAGGAACAUGUGAAGACACUGUGCAGGUUGCUAAACAAGUGUGACCACCUCAGCCAGCUAGACCUCUCGGCAAAUCUGCUAGGAGAUGGCGGCCUCAGGGCCCUCCUGGACUGUCUGCCCCAGCUGCCCAUCUCUGGUUCAAUUGACCUGAGCCAUAAUGGCAUCUCUCAGGAAAGCACCCUCUGCCUACUGGAGGCCCUGCCCUCCUGCCCGAGAGUCCGGGAGGCCUCAGUGAACCUAGGCCCGGAGCAGAGCUUCUGGAUUCACUUCUCCAGAAAGGAGGAGGCCAGGAAGACACUGAGGUUGAGCAAGUGCAGCUUUGGGCUAGAGAACAUGCCCAGACUGGCCACCGGCCUGAGCCAGGCCCUGCAGCUGACAGAGCUGACGCUGACCCAGUGUGACCUGGCUCAGGAGCAGCUGGCCUCCCUCCUGAACCUGGUGAGGAAGCCGGCAGGGCAGCUCACACUCAGGGUAAAGGAGCCAUGGGUGGGCAGAACCAGGAUGAAAGCACUGCUAGAAGUCUGUACCCAGGCCUCAGGCAACAUCACUGAAAUAAGCGUUUCUGGGACCCAGAAGCAGCUCCACAUCCGGCUGGACUUUCCUCGUCAGGAGAACCCAGAGGCUGUGGCCCUCAGAUUGGCUCACUGUGACCUUGAGACAUACCACAACCUUCCUGCCAGGGAGCUGAGGGAGACGUGUGCCAAGCUGCAGCAGCUCAGCUUGUCCCAGUUGAGCCUCUGUGAUGACAGCUCCCUGAUGCUACAAAGCCUGCUACUGUCUCUUUCUGAGCUGAAGAAAUUCCGGCUGACCUCCAGCUGUGUGAGUUCCCAGGGCCUGGCCCACCUGGCAUCUGGUCUGAGUCACUGCCACCAUCUGGAGGAGCUGGACUUCUCUAGCAAUGAAUUCUGUAAAGAGGACACCACGGUGCUGCUGGGGGCCCUUGAGAGCAAGCAACGUAUGAAGAGGCUUGACCUCAGCUAUCUCCCACUAGGCGACUCCAACCUGGCUGUGCUCACUCGGGGUCUAAACCACAUGACUCUCCUGCAGAGCCUCCGUUUGAACAGUACCCACCUUGAGGACAGCAGCUGCUGCCACCUCUCCCAGGUUCUUGGAGCUGCCACUGGCUUGGAGGAGCUGCACUUGAGCCAAAACCAGAUUGGAGAUGUGGGUGCUCAGCACUUAGCCACAGUGCUGCGGAAGCUGACAGAGCUCAGGAAGAUAGACCUCUCAAACAACAGCUUUGGUCCGAUGGGGGGAGAGCGUUUGGCAGAGUCGCUCGCCCUUUGCAGGCACCUGGAGGAAUUGAGGCUUGGCCACAAUGUCCUGGGGGACCCCACAGCCCUGCGGCUGGCUCGGGAGUUGCCCCCACACUUGAGGGUCCUGCUCCUGCAGGCCUGUCAUCUGAGCCCAACAGGCCUGCUGAGCCUGGGCCAGGCCCUGGAUGGGUACCUACAUGUGGAAGAGCUCAGCUUAGCAGAGAACAGCCUGGCUGGAGGGGUGCUGUCCUUCUGCCGGGGACUCCCACUGCUCAGACAGAUAGACCUGGUCGCCUGUGAGAUCGAUGACCAGACUGCCAAGCCCCUGGCCGCCAGCUUCCUGCUCUGUCCAGCCCUGGAAGAAAUCCUAUUGUCCUGGAAUCAACUGGGGGACAUGGCGGCUGCUGAACUGGCCCUGGUCCUGCCGCAGAUGGGCCGGCUGAAGAGAAUGGACCUGGAGAAGAAUCAGAUCACAGCCCAUGGAGCCCAGCUCCUGGCAGCAGGACUGGCACAGGCACCUGGCAUCCAAGUCAUCUGCCUCUGGGGAAACUCCAUCUCUCAUGAAAAAGUCCAGCAUCUCCAGAGACAGAACCCCAGGCUGAAUUUUGCCUUCUUCGACAGCAAGUCACAGACCUCUGGAGAUACCUGAAGGCCCCCCUCAAGACCUUUCAGAUCCAGUUUAGUAAUGCUAAGUUCCACACCCUGGGAAAGAAGAUUCCAGAAGGGAGCCUCACCCGGGUGCCCCUAUACAUAAGCUCAGGAGGGACAGGCACAUCUGUCCUGCUUUAGUCUUCAAGGAGGACACUUUUCAGGGCUAAGAGCCACUCUCAAACAAAAGUCUACCCUUUAUGACAUGGGCCUUAGUCGACGAGUUGGAAACAAGGAGGGUGUCAUGUGCAAUGCAGGACACAAAGGUGGCACAUGACAGUUCCAUGUGAUGCAACAUAGAAUUACUGUGUAACCUUUAGGUCAGUGGAUUGAGUCCUCGCACUACGUAAGGUAUAGGACACUCAGCUAGGGGUCCACAUGUGACACAUGGCCAAUGCCCCUGCCAUAUGAUAUGCAUGUGGCCAGGUACCCUCAGGGGAGUCCAAGAUCUAAUUUAUUAUUUUUUUAAGCAUAGUACUGUAUAUAUUUUACUAUAAACCACUUCUGUAUUUAUGGGUUGAGCUUCUGGAGAAACUCAUUCCAGGGUCAUGGAAUACCUUCCAUCCAGAACAAGGAAAGGAAGGAUAUCUAAACACUGACUGGCCCAGGGCACCAAGAGCCAGGGCUCUGAGCCUCAUGGGGACAAAGCCACAAGGCUAUCCAUGGGUCCCCUCCUGCCUCAAGUCCCAGUUUCUUCAUCUGUAAGCUACAUGUGCCCAUCCCCUCCAGUGCCAACUUCCAAGAACUUGAGGCCCAGGUCCAGGUAGAGCCAGCUAGCCCCUGGUAGGAGUCAGGCUGGGUCUGUCCUGCAGAAGGGUCAAAGCCAGGUCUAGUGGCCCAGGGACAAGGCUGGGCAACUAUCUCAGCAGGAGCCAGGGGAGCUGCCCGGGGCUGCGUGUGCUACACGGUGUUGUCCUUACUCCAAGAGAGCCCAUGCCAGGCCCACUCCACUGAAAGCCAAGCUGAUCAAUAAAUGUGAGGAUCACCUCCCAGUCUCUA